AUGCGAUCCCCUGGGCCGUGCCUCCCAGCGCCGGCGCGGCUCGUCGUGGCUGCCCUCCUCCUCGCGGCUCUCACCGGGGGCGCCGUCGGCGCCGAUGGGUACGGGCGGGCGAGGAGGCUGCACAUGAAGAACAAGGUCCUGGAGAUGUUUUACCAUGCCUAUGACAACUACAUGACUUAUGCAUUCCCUCAUGAUGAAUUGAAGCCUCUUACUAAAAGUUUCACGGACUCACUUAGUGAGCUUGGCAACUUAAAUCUUGAACACUUGCCACAGGAUUAUAGUGGAUCCGCAUUGACACUGGUUGAGUCAUUAUCAAGUCUUGUUGUCUUAGGUAACCUCACAGAGUUUGAGAGAGGAGUUCUCUGGCUUUCAGAAAAUCUGACAUUUGAUGUUGAUGCUCGGAUUAAUCUUUUUGAGUGUAACAUAAGACUUCUUGGGGGGCUUAUUUCUGCUCAUAUUCUUGCAAAAGACUACAGCAGCCAGUUUAAACAUGGACUGUAUCAGGAUCAAUUACUACAUCUUGCUGACAGUUUAGGCAAUCGUUUUCUACCGGCAUUUGAGACACCUACUGGAUUGCCAUAUGCAUGGAUUAAUCUUAAGUACGGAGUGAUGGAAAAUGAAACAACUGAAACAAGCACAUCAGGGUGUGGUUCCCUUAUACUUGAAAUGGGUGUAUUGUCACGUUUGACUGGUGAUUCUAGAUACGAAGCUGCAGCUCUUCGUGCUCUCCGCAAGUUAUGGAGCAUGAGAAGUUCACUGAAUCUAGUAGGCACAACACUAGAUGUUUUAACUGGCAAGUGGAUUGAGUAUUCAUCCGGAAUUGGUGCUGGUGUUGAUUCAUUUUAUGAGUAUCUGAUUAAAGCAUAUAUUCUUUUCGGAAGUGACGAGUACUGGGAUAUGUUUCAUUCAGCUUAUCUUGCAGUGCAGAAGUACUUCCGACAUGGUCCAUGGUAUCAUGAGGCUGAUAUGAGGACUGGAGAAGCAACACACUGGCAGCUAACUAGCCUUCAGGCCUUUUGGCCAGGUCUUCAGACACUGCUGGGAGACGUAACUGCUGCAAAUCUAUCACACCGUGAGUUUUACAAUAUAUGGCAAAGAUUUGGUGUGCUACCUGAAAGAUAUCUUUUGGACUAUGGAAUGAUGCAUCCUACAGAGAAGUACUAUCCCUUGCGUCCUGAGUUUGCUGAGUCAACAUUUUAUCUUUAUCAAGCUACUAAAGAUCCUUGGUACCUAGAAGUGGGUGAAGCUAUUGUUGGAUCACUUAAUUACUAUACUAAAGUGGAUGGAGGUUUUGCUAGCGUCAGAGAUGUUUCAACAAUGAAACUUGAAGAUCAUCAGCACAGCUUCUUUCUUUCAGAAACGUGCAAAUAUCUUUUUCUUCUGUAUGAUGAUUCAUUCUUGAGGAAUCAAAAUUACAUAUUUACAACAGAGGGGCACCCUCUUCCAAUAAGAAGCACAUGGCAUGAGAAAUUUCCUGCAGCAUAUGUUCCCAGCAAUUGGACAUUUGUUAAGGUGCCUUUUCUUCUUUCAGGCUCCAUCCCUUAA